AUGGCGCGUACUAAACAAACAGCUCGUAAGUCCACCGGUGGGAAAGCUCCCCGUAAGCAACUGGCUACCAAGGCAGCCAGGAAAAGUGCUCCAGCUACAGGUGGUGUAAAGAAGCCCCAUCGUUACAGACCCGGUACAGUUGCUCUUCGUGAGAUCAGACGUUAUCAGAAAUCGACUGAACUUUUAAUCAGAAAGCUUCCUUUCCAGCGUCUUGUCCGUGAGAUAGCUCAGGACUUCAAAACCGAUCUUCGGUUCCAGAGUUCUGCUGUCAUGGCCCUUCAGGAAGCUAGUGAAUCGUACUUGGUCGGUCUUUUCGAAGACACUAACUUGUGCGCUAUCCAUGCUAAGAGAGUAACCAUUAUGCCCAAAGACAUUCAGCUUGCCCGUCGUAUUCGUGGGGAAAGAGCUUAA